CAGAGAGGGCUCGACUUCAGUUCUUCAAAUUACUCGAACCAAUUUUAACCUAUUGUCUUACCACCCGGAAUCUAAUACAAAAACAAUCGGACGUUUUACGUAUGUUUCACGUUAAUUUAUAAUUUUCGAUAUUAUUCAGUGAUUAAUAUUUUGAAAAAUAUUAAUUAUUUCACUGGUGAUUACAAACGAACUGGACUAAAAUUUCAGUGCAGUUGUAGAGCCGUACAUGUAUACAGUUUUUAACUGAGCCGGGAUAAAUAAGAAUCAUGACUCCGCCGAUGGAACGAAUCCAAAUUUUGGAAGGCAUCGAAAAGGAUAUUGUAGUGUGUUUGCAGAGUGCAGGACAGGCUUGCCUGGAACUGAGCAAAGAAAAAUCUAGCUUGAAACAAGCAGAAUCGCAAACGCAUCAAUUUUUGAAGACGCUAGGACACGUUGAGACCAGACUGAGCGAGCAAAUCAAUUAUCUCACGCAAGUUUCUACAGGUCAACCACACGAAGGUUCUGGAUAUGCAAGCCAAAAGGUGCUCCAGAUGGCAUGGCACAGAUUGGAGCACGCACGCAGUAGAGUUAAUGAAUUGGAGCGUAUAAAAAAUAAACUACGAUAAGUAUAUAUGUAUCUAUAUUUCCUUGUUCCUCAUAAACACCACAUUGUAAAUAAGAUUUAACGUCAUUUAACAUUAAUGCCACUCAUAUAUAUAAUUUUGCUAAAUACAAACUAAUUCAAUAAA